UUUAUUAUAUAAGUCAUUUUAUUAUCUUUCCAUUGUUAAAUUUAUUUAAAGGAGAAAUUUUUUAAUUAUUUCAAUUUUUGAGCGUUAGUACAACAACUUUAAAUACGAAGGAGAAACGCGCGCUUUUCAUAUUUUAUGUUGGUACGAGCCUAACAUGUAAUAGAUUCGAUCAGAACAGCUAGGUAGGCUUAGGCUUGAUAAUAACUAACUCAUUGCUUACCAGGAAAACUAUUUUAUUUGCUGCCAUCUAGCGAAGAAAUUUUAAUGAGUAUACGCACAGACACAAUUAAAUUUUGUAAGUAUGUGCAAAUCACGCUAACACCACUUUAGUCGGCUUUGUAACAAUUGCCUUUAGUAUUGUAGUUUUGCUACGAGCCUGUAAUAAAACAAAUUUAUAUGAAAUAUAUAAUUUGGAUGUAAAUAUACAUGUAAUAAAUAGUGAAAAUAUUUAUUUACAUUGUACAAAUUACAUUUACAAAAAGUUAUUUGUAAUGUUCUUAUUUAUAAAAUUAAUGAUAAAGUAGUCUUAAUGGAAUUGUAUCAUAAUUUUGAUCUUACGAUAUAUAUGCAAUAUAUUUGAUGCUACAAUAUAUAUUAGCAUAUUUUUAUUGUUGUAUUUCUUGAAAUGAUUUUUAAUAUAUAUUGUCGCAUACGUAAAUUUAAUGUGAAAUGAACUAUUGACGAAUCUUGGAAUCUUAAUAUAUUACAAGUAUGUUUUCGAUGGAUCAAUCUAAACCUCCAAACAAUCUUCCAAUCCAGGAAGAUAAUAAAAGGGUUUUUAUAAAUGAUCCAGACUGGGACACAAUAGCUGUAUAUUUAAUAGGAAAUCAACAAAGAUUUAGAGAGAAUAUUAUUAUACCAAGAAUGAUAGGACCUGUACAAAUUAAGACUAAUGAAGAAAAAAUGGUGGAAAGAGCAAUGGAAAGUUGUGCCUUUAAGAGUAUUAUGAGCUGUGUACUUGGAUAUGGAUUGGGAGCUGCAAUAGGUUUAUUUUCAUCAAGUGUAAAUCCAAAUAUCACAAGUGUAGAAAAACAGCAAACUGCACGCGAAAUAUUUAGGGAAAUGAAAGUGACGACACUCAGUUAUGCUAAAAAUUUUGCUGCUGUGGGUUGUGUAUUUUCAGCCGUUGAAUGUACUAUAGAAUCUUACAGAGGUAAAACCGAUUGGAAAAAUGGUACUUAUGCAGGUGGUGUGACAGGUGGCUUAAUAGGCCUAAGAGCUGGCAUAAAAGCAGGAUUGAUAGGUGCUGCAGGAUUUGCAGCAUUUUCAACAGCAAUAGAUUAUUACAUGCACAGAUCAUAAAUAACAUUCAAUAGAAUUACAAAUCAUGUAUUUCUAUAGAAAAGAUAUAAAAGCCUGCGUAUAUUGAGCAUAUUUAUAAUACAUACAAAAGCAUUAAACAUGUUUAUAUUGUAUAAAUAGAUAUAAAUGCUUAGAAAUAAGUACAAUGGUCAAGGUAUAAAAUAUGUGAGAAAUUGA